ACUCGAGUGAUCCCAGCCAUGGCCCCAGUCGCCCGUUUGUCCAUGCUCGCCGACCUCAUCGCGAGAGAGACACGCAAGAUCGAAGACUACUUUGCAGCCAAUGGCCUCCCAGGCCUCUCCUUUGACGCCGAUGCGCCUCUCGACUUCCCCGUGCCCUCGAGCAACAUUGACAUUCACGCCGCGCGCCGCACCGUCAUCGAUGCGACCAAGGAGCUGCAUGGCUUAAUGGUUGGGCCCUCCGAGAGCCUGCGAUGGCUGGCAUGGAGCUACAACGACAACCUCAGCCUCCGCGCCGUCUACCACUUUCGCAUCGCCGACGCCGUGCCCCUCGAAGGCGAGACCUCGUUCGACCAUGUCGCCGCCGCCGUCAGCCUCGACAGGGUAAACGUCAAGAGAAUCGUCCGCCAUGCCAUGACAAACAACCUCUUCUGCGAGCCGCGCCCCGGCUAUGUCGCCCACACGGCCAUGUCGCGCGCCAUGCUCGAGGACCCGACCCUGAAGGAUUGGGUCGGUCUGUGCAGCUCCGACUUCUUCCCCGCCGCGGCGCGGACCGUCGACGCCAUGGAGAAGUGGCCGGGCUCGCAGGAGCCCACGCACGCCGGCUUUGCCUACGCCUGGAACACUGACGUGCCCAUGUUUGUUGAGAUUGGCAAGGACCCGGCGCGCGCAAAGCGCUUCGGGCGCGCCAUGGCGUCUUUAACCGGCGGCGAAGGCUACGAGGUCGACUAUCUCGUCAACGGCUAUCCCUGGGCGGAUCUGGGCAAGGCGACCGUCGUCGAUGUUGGCGGGUCGCAUGGCUUCGUGCCCGUCGCCCUCGGUGCCAAGUUCCCGGACCUGCGGUUCAUUGUGCAGGACCUUCCAAAGACGGUCGCCGACGGUCCGGCCCACAUCCCUGCCGAGUUGGCUGACCGCAUCGAGUUCCAAGCACAUGACUUCUUCACCGAGCAGCCGGUCCAUGGCGCCGAUGUUUACUUUUUCCGGUGGAUUUUCCACAAUUGGUCGGACAAGUAUUGCGAGAAGAUGCUGCGCAUGCUCAUCCCUGCAUUGAAGCCAGGCGCCCGGAUCCUGAUCAACGAGAACAUCCUGCCCACCCCGGGGACCGAGAACGCGUGGGACGAGAAGAUCAUCCGGAGCAUGGACAUGACCAUGCUGCAGCUGCUCAAUGCCCGGGAGCGCGCCGAGGAGGACUACGCCGAGCUGUUCCAGAACACGGACCCGGGCUUCAAAUUCCUGGGCGUCAAGCGCCCGCCCGGCAGCCGCACGUGCACCAUCGAAGCGGUAUGGCAGCCGCACGACCUCAGCGGGCACAUCAGCCAGCUGUCGAGCCUCGCCGCGACCCCGAUCGGCAGCCUCGCCGCCACGCCCCUCGGCCCCUUCACGCCUUCGGAGUCGUCCGUGGCCGCCGACUACGGCUUCAACAUUGUGCAGCUGCCCUCGGCCGAUAACAAGGGCAAGGCGCCCGCCGCCGACGCGCCCCUGGAAACCUUUAUCCCCGCGCCGCCCUCGCCCGCCGAAAACGUCGAGCACAUUGAGAACAUUGACGACGCGCCGUUUGCCUCGAGCGCGGGCGACACGGUGCCUGCCAUUGUUGCCGAGCACGUCGAUCUCGUCGAAGACGUGCACGUGCACGAGGGCAUGGCCGCCGAGAAGAGCAGUCUGGGCGUCGCAGCGGGCUCAAGGCCUGCGAGCAGCAGUGACGGCAUGGCGCAGGAUGCGGGCGCUGGCGCGUCGAGAGGCGAGUGAGGAUGCCGAGUGAUUGAGUAAACGAGCGGAGCAAAUGAUGAAGGGAACGACAGUUUUUUCUUUUUUUGUUUUUUGUUUUAUUUUCGGCAAAGAGCGCGAUGGAGAAAUGAUACUAGACAUACACGGCGAGUGAGCGUACUGGACCCAGUCUUCUGCAAUGAUACCUUUUUCCGUUUUCCUUUUUUUUUUUUUUUUUUUUUUUUUUUU